CGCUCUAAAAUAAGUGGUAUUUUAGUAUCCUUUGCUCUUAAAUAAGUGCUAUUUUAGUAUUCUUUGCUUUUAAAUUAAUUUAAGUAUUUCUCACUCUUUAGCCAGUGGUAUCUUUGUGCAGUGCGAAAAAUCAUUCUGAUAGUUUGUUUAAAGCAAAUUAUUAUGAGUGUAAUAUAAAUUAUAAUUCUUCUGUAACUCAACUGUUUUGUGACGCAAACAGGGUAAAGACUGUUUCAGAAGACCGAAUAAUAUCAAACGAAAAGUGCCAGAUAAAGAUUUUUAUCACAACAGGAAAAAGAGAGAAGAAAAGUGUCAAAAACGAGAUACGUGUUUGAUAAAUUAAUAAAGUAAGAAAGAGAUAGAAACAAAUUAGAUACCUCUGUAUCUAAAAGUUAAUACGAUUAUUGAAUUAUCAUAAUCCGAUUGGAGUUGCUACGUUGUUCCAAAUUUAAAUUAUAGAACGAUUGCAUCUUUUAAUCUGCUUUUGGAACAUAAUUUAAAUCGAGAUUGACCGUUCGAGAUUCAAAACACAAUAAUAAUUAUCUACACUUGAUUCUUACAUUUUUUUGAAUUUUGAAAUUUGGAAGAGAACUCCACAAAAUGCCUGUUAUAUUCGGACAUCCGAGUUACGAUUUUCUGGAAUCUUCCGAGUCUUCCGAAGAGGACCGGGAAAAAGGACCAGUCAAGGAUGACGUCACUAAACUGGCGUUUUUUUACAUGCUUGUCCUGAUUGGGAUGUUGGUCGUUUGGCUCAUCGUCUUCUUCUGUCUACGGAUGAUCACCUUAAGGCAAAAGACGCGAGUGCCGCAAGAGAGGCGAAUGUACGUGGGUUCGAGGCCCCGGCAGUCGUUUGCGCAGCAAGAGCCAACUAUCUUCGUCAGCCCCGCCAAUUUGCCCCCACCGCCCAAAUAUGAAGCGAUGGCGCCACCAAGUUACGAAGAGGUAGUCGGGAUCCACUAUCCCAACUACCAGGCAUCAGCUUUACCUAUCACACAGCCUAUCACAAGCGCGAUGGCACAGAGCUCCCGAUCAGCUGACAAUAACGUUACGAAUAACGCUAACACCGAUGCAACGGUUAUAACCGUUACCGCCGAUGACAGGAGAACGUCCGUCACUGUGACAGCGUCAUCGUGAUUCGAAGUUUGAAAUUUAAUAAAUAAUUGGUUAUCCAGUUUAGAACUGGCUGGUUUUAGAUUGUAUGAAUGGUCUAGUCUGAUACAUAUCAAGUGAAAUACAAUGAAGAAUGCAAGAGCUCUGACUAUGGUGUCCUUGAGUCCGUGUCUGUAUAGAGUCCGUACCGCUAUCGAGUACUUAUCUUUAAGUUUUUACACCUUACGAGGUCUUUCACCCUAACAAGUUCUUUCCCCCUAACAAGUUCUUUCCCCCUAACGAGUUUGAAACCCAUAUAUGUUAUCAUAUUCUAUUCUCUGCAUAACCUUAUUUUAUAAGUUUUAAAGGUUGACUACAGAUUAUUUAUUUUUAAACUCAGAACUAUCUCCGGAACUAUAGGCGGUUGAACAAGUGUUAAACACGGCAAAAGAUUUCUGUUUAAAAAAAGGAUUAAAUGUAGUGUUUCACUUGAUGUGUUAAAAUACCUACUCUUUGUUACUCGUACUCAGUACCUAUCUAGAAUGACGACAGCAUUAUCAGUAUUUUGUUAUCAAUUGAUAAAAUGUUGCCAGAAACAUACAGAUAGCUAAGUAAUUCACUGGGCAACUAUAGCGCUGUACUCUAGGCCAUGAGGCUAUGUGACGAUUUAACGUGCGCUCAUGCACGACAUCUUGUCUAUGUAUUUUUUUUAAUAAAAAUAAAAACUGACUUCAUAACGACGACGAUAUUUGAACCCGCAGCUCCUUUCGUGCCGAGAUGAGCGUGUUAACCAUUACACCACUGGGUUCUCCUCCUUUACACGCGAAUUAAAAAUAGAAACUUUGAGGAGUUCACCCAAUUUCUCAUGGAUUCCAUUUAAGAGAAAAAUAAUUCCUUAUCGAUUUGUAAAUGACGGAGUUUUGACGUGACAAAUAUCCAACAAAAAAAAAACCAACUGGAUUGAUAACCUCCUUAUUUUUAAAGUCGGUUGGAAAGUACAUGUUGCCAUACUGCAGUGCCUUAGAGGAUCACACCCAGGUAUUUUUAACAUUAUUUUACGGUCUCCUAAAAACUUAACUUUAUGAAAUAAAGUCAUAAAUGGGUGAAUAUCAAAAUGUGUCAAGUUUGGUGGCGACUGUCAUAUAAUUUUUUCGUGAAAAAUUGGGGAAAUUGGAAAAAUUGGGAAUUGGAAAAUUCCUUUUUCAUGUCGGAACCGAGGAUCCUUUUGGAUCUUUUUCAUGUCGGAGCCCAAUUUUUCACGAAAAAAUAAUAUGAAAUUUCGUCACCAAACUUGAAAUUUUGAGAUUCACCCAAAUAAGUAGUCAUUGAGCAUCUCCUUCCACUGUUGACAUGAUAUAAAAAAAGAGAAAGAGAUGUCACCAAUACAAACAGAAUUAAACUUUUUGAAAUUUUAAAAUAAAAACUUAAUUUUUAUAAGUACUGUAAUAAAAAUCAAAUGUCACAAAAAAAGUCCACCGAGACAGGUCCUUCUUUUUUAUCACAAUAUUUUUCAGUCUAAAGAGGACGUAAGACUGAUGAAUAUUUUGAAAAAUAUUUUCGAAAUAGUAAAAAAAAUAUAUUUGCUACUUGAAAAAUAAACAAAAAUGUAUAUAACUUAUUUUUAUACUUAAUUUUGUAGUUUUAAGACUGUAAAAAUAUGUAUUAUAAAAAAAAGUAUUUACAAAAUAAAUAUUAGGUUAAGUACAA